AUGGAGAAGCCUCACCACACAUUCGUCGCCGAAACGGGGCAGGGGAUUCAGCGGCGGCGGAAGUCGCGCCUCGCCUGUAAUCCGUGUCGUGCGCGCAAGACCGGAUGCGAUGGACGAAAACCGGUGUGCACAGCUUGUUCCCUCCGGGGCUGGGACGAUAAAUGCAGUUAUCCGGACAGUGUCAUGCAGCAAUCCGCAGCAUUAACUUUGGUGGAGCUCGACCGAAGGGUUCAGAGGCUUGAAAGCGGUGCUCGAGCUGAUCCUGGGAUUCUGCGUAGGCCAUCACCAAAUGUGCAGUCCAUUGGAUCCGGCCCUCAAACUCCCGUCCCCUUUGGGGACGAUAUCAAGGAGGAGCAGGAGGGUCAACGACACCCAAUACCGGACCCGUUUGCCACCCACCUACCCAUGUCAGGGACGAACGCAACCUUCAUGCGGGACGCUCUCGAGGCGGUUGGCCAACAGCGCAACUCACACGACCCAACUGGCACGUCCGAGUCUCCGGUUCUAUCUCUUGAAUCGCCCACCUACCCGGGCUUUGAAGGAUUCUCAACGUUACCUGUGAAUCAACCUUUUGAAGAAGUCGACCUGAACGCGUUGACGCUUCCCCCCUACCGGGUUGCCAACGAUAUUUUCCGGUGGUAUUGGCAAAACUUUCACUCAAUUUUCCCAUUUCUCCAUUGGCCCACAUUUGAGAAACGAUGCCUCGCUACUUGGAAAGAAAAACCUCCGCCGGUCCAGUCAUUCGAGCAGGUCCUGUUCUACGCUACGGUGAAUAUGGUGAUGGCAGUGGCUUGCUUACGAAACGAAACACGAUCACCCGACCACAGGGAGUAUGACCCCGACGUUUUCUACAAACGGUCCCUCCGUCUCGUAUCGAUAGAGGCUAUUGACGAAGCUUCGAUCCCUAUUGUUCAGCUCAUGCUCCUGCGGGCCAUGUACCUGUACUUUGCUGGCAGGGCGGAUCGGUGCUGGCUCAUGUCAGGGGCGGCGGUCCGGGUGGCCAUCGGGCUUGGCCUCCACCUCCCACCCAAAAGAGAACCCGGACAACUCGAGCGGGAGAUGAGGCGAAGGGUAUGGUUCGGCGGUUGUGUAGCAUUAGACCAGAUUGUUUCCAACAGCUUUGGGCGGCCCGGUCUCAUUUUCCCCGGUCUCACACAAACGCCAAUCCCAUCCUGCAUCGAUGAAGAGUACCUUUCUACCACCGAAGAAGCCUCACAACCACAAGGGCUUCCAUCCCGCAUGGAUAUGAUCAGCUACACCAUGAAAAUGUUAGGCAUCUUGGAAGACAUGCGGGAGGCCGCUCGGGCGCCUCGUCUCAAGUUUGGCCACGCGGACGAAGAAGCCUCUAUGCCGGAUCCCAGCGUGCUCCUUUCCGUCAAUUCCAGGAUCGACGACAUGAUUAGUGGGAUGCCUGCUCAUCUUCAACCAGAUGCCGACUACAAUAGGUGGAAUCUAAACGCGGACUCGAUAAAAUGUUUCCGCGUACAAUCCCAAACAAUUAGAUUCCGCUUAAUCCUCCUGAGGGUCGUCCUUCUUCGCCCUUCCCUCUUAGCUGAAGCACAGAGAUGGGCCUUGAGGGCACCCAACGCGGUGCAGACGGCGUCAGUGGCUCUCCAAGAGCGUUUGCAUAACGAAAUAUGCAUGCUUUGCUUGGAGACGGUUCACUCUAUGUUGGAGGAAAUACACGGAUCGUUAUCCGUCAACUCUGGCCUGUCGGUCUGGUUCAUGUUACAUUUUACGUUUGCAUCGGCGACCAUUCUCUUGGUCGCUACACUAUCACCAAAGUUGGGUGUCAAGUUGGAUGCCGAGCCGGCAAAGUCUUCCUGGAAUCGCGCCAUGGACAUUCUUCAUUUCCACAAAUCCGACGUCAUAUCUGCUCAGCGAGGGAUAGAGGUUCUCCUGCGGUACCGACAGACCAUUUCCCAGCGGACUGGGGGCCGAUCUGAUACAACCCAGUUCCCGUCCACGCGAGGAGAAGUAACGACAGUACCGCCUCCUCCAAUACUGUACCCGGGACUGAACCAUUCCCAGCCGUCUUUAAACCCGUUUGCGCACAAUUUGCACUGGGGACAACCGCAACAGCCGCCAACUAUGCCGACGCCACCCAUGGUCAGUUCGGGAUAUGUGGAGGGUUUACAGGGCUACUUUGCGUCGGAGUCGUUGGGUGAUGCGUGGUUGACAGCUAAUACACAGGAUUAUGGGUCAAAUGAUUGGGUACUGAACUACUUUCACAACCAAGGAAUAUAG